AUGGAGGGUGAAAGAAAAGAGACAAACUGCGACAGCGAUUUUUCUGGCACAGUGACGGUUGAGUGUGAUGGUGUUAAAUGGACAGUGAAGAAAGACAACUGUGUGCUGCGUGCGAUCUUUGACUUGCAAACUGAAGCUCAAAACUUGAAUGUGGAAACUCUUCCUGACUUUGUGGACCGUCUCCAAGAAACAACAGUGAAUGAAGAUACAAUCAUAACUGAUUCUCCUGCCACAAUCUUCACUAUUGUUGACAUCCUUAACUCUGUUGCAGGAGUUUCAAAACGUUUAAAACUUAAUGAGACAGUGAUGUCGAACAUCCUUGGAACAGUGGAUGUCAUUGUAUCUGAAAAUGCACAAGAGUCCUGGACACAACUAAAUAAUGACACUGAAACAGACAACACCAGCUCUUCACUACUGCAGUCUGUUGAAGACGUUGGAAGCAACCUGUCAGAUGAACAGUUUAACAUUACCAGAGAAAGAAUUCAGCUCAACAGAAUUAUUGAUGAGCCCUCUGUGAAUUUAACAUUGGGAGUAAACCAAACGGUUGACGUCCAGAUUCCAGAAACUGGGGGAAUCCCUCUCACCAUUAUUGCAUUCUCAACGCUGCAUUUCGUUUUACCGGCCAGAAAUGCUAGCAACUUCAACAGCAGCAGCAAAAGCACAACUAGCAUCAACGGAGAUGUGGUUGUGGUCAGAGCAAACAGUGACAUCUCAUUUGACAACAUCUCAUUUACCUUUGAGAAAAAAAACGAAACACUGGGAAACCCAGUCUGUGUCUUCUGGAACUUCAGUCUUUUGGAUGGUAUUGGCGGAUGGGACUCUACAGGAUGUGAAGUGAAGCUGGAUCCAAAUGAUGAAAACAGAGUCACUUGUGAAUGCAACCACACGACCUCCUUCUCAGUCCUUAUGUCACCUUUCUCUAUUGACUCUAUUAUCUUAUCCUACAUAACCUACAUUGGGGUGGGUAUUUCGAUGGGCAGCUUGGUCGUGUGUCUCAUCAUAGAGGGCAUUGUCUGGAGGGCCAUGACCAGAAACGACACGUCUUACAUGCGCCAUGUUUCCAUAGUGAACAUUGCUGUGUCCCUUCUGAUUGCCAACAUUUGCUUUAUCAUUGGAGCUUCUUUAGUGGAUCGGGGGAAAAUAACACCUGUGAAUCCCUGCAGCACAGCUACAUUCUUCGGCCACUUUUUUUACCUCGCUCUCUUCUUCUGGAUGUUACUCUCGGCACUGCUGCUCUUCUACCGCACCGUCAUGGUCUUUUCACAAAUGUCGAGAUCCACCAUGAUGGCAAUAGGCUUCUCAGUAGGAUACGGCGCUCCUCUUCUCAUAGCUGUCAUAACGGUGGCAGUGACAGCACCUGGAAAAGGAUACAUCGCAGAAAAAGACGCGUGUUGGCUGAACUGGACGAAGACAAAGGCGCUCUUGGCAUUUGUGAUCCCAGCAUUGACCAUCGUUGCAGUAAAUUUAGUGAUCCUGUGUGUGGUCUUGUAUAAAAUGCUGAGGAGAGGAGUAGGAGCGAGUACACAGCCAGAUGAGAAGCAUUCCCUCAUGGUCAUUGCUAGAUGUGUAGCAAUCCUAACACCACUUUUCGGUCUUACGUGGGGAUUUGGCAUCGGGACCAUGGUGUCAUCUGCAUUUGGGGUUCAUGUUGUGUUUACCAUCCUGAAUUCAUUUCAGGGUUUCUUUAUUCUGGUGUUCGGGACACUAUUAGAUGGCAAGAUUCGUGAGGCACUGACAGGAAGAUUCAAGUUCACAACCAGUAGUUCUAACAGAACAAGGAGCACAAGUGCAGGACAGUCUUCCUCAAGCGGGUGGGGUGUCCUUCAAAGGCUUCGAAGGAGAAGAACCGUGGUGUUCACCGGCCCUAUGGCUUUGACCGGCCCUACGUCUGCACAGUUUGAUUGA